AUGGAGGCUCUUGGGCCACCAGCUGGGUGUUCUUGUGGUUUCUUCUUUGAUUGGGAGAAGAUUGGGUCCUCCAACUCCAAGUUUGCGCCAAACUCUCUCAGCUUGGCUGUUCCUCUCAGUCCGCUAGUGUUACACAGUCCUCUCAGUCCUUUAGUGUUACACAGUCCUCUAGUGUUACAGACCUCUAGUGUUACACAGUCCUCUCAGUCCUCAAGUGUUACACAGUCCUCUCAGUCCUCCAGUGUUACACAGUCCUCUGAGUCCUCUAGUGUUACACAGUCCUCUAGUUCCUCUGAGUCCUCUAGUGUUACACAGUCCUCUGAGUCCUCCAGUGUUACACAGUCCUCUCAGUCCUCUAGUGUUACACAGUCCUCUCAGUCCUCCAGUGUUACACAGUCCUCUCAGUCCUCCAGUGUUACACAGUCGCCUAGUCAACAUGGCCGCUAA